AUGUCAUACCUCUCCGCCGAAAAGGCAGAAUCAGAGCUCACACAGAGCAUCAAGAAAGCGACGAGCAUUGAGGAAACUGCACCAAAGCAAAAGCAUGUUCGAACGCUCAUUACUGUCCACAGGAUCAUCCACGAUGGCCAUCCCAACGUUAUCAAGGAUGCGCUUCGCGAGACAGGCUGGCUCGAGGCGUGUACUCGUAGCGUCAUGGCCGACGGUGUACGUGGAUAUGGCACGUUGAUCCGCAACUACGUCGAUUUGUUAUUGCACAAGCUUUCGUACCAUCGUAAUCAUCCCGAGUUCAACGGCAGCUUUGGCUAUGAAGAGUACAUUAGUUUGAAGAACAUUGACGAUCCAAACGAAGGGUUCGAGACGAUCAACGACUUGAUGCAGUUGCAAGAUCAUAUCGACCGGUUCCAGAAGGUCGUGUUCAACAGCUUCCGCACGGCUACCAACAAUGAAUGCCGCAUUGCAUCUUUGGUCCCUCUUGUUGAAGAAAGCUACGGUAUUUACACCUUUAUCACUAGCAUGUUACGCGCCAUGCAUAAACGAACGGGUGCCACGGAUGCUUUAGCGCCACUGCGUCAGCGUUACAACGGUCAACACUACAAUUUGCUCAAGUUCUACUACGAAUGCUCAAACCUGAAAUAUCUCACGAGCUUAAUCGAUGUACCUAAACUUCCUAACGACCCACCAUCUUUGAUUGAAGCAAGUACACCCAAGCUUCCCAAGCGACCUUCGCCCGUUGAAACGACUGCUCCAUCUCAACCAUCACCAGAACCUGUCAUUGAUUUCUGGUCCGAACAGCAAGCGAAGCAACAACGCGAAUAUGAAGAAGAGCAAAAGCGACUGGAACAGCAACGUGCUGACGAACAAGAACGUAUGCGACAGAUGCAAAUGCAGCAACAGCGCGAUUUUGAGGAACAACAACGGUUACUGGCCGAGCGUGAGCGACAACAGCAAGAGGAAUUAUUGCGUCAGCAGAUGCAAAAUCACCAAGCAGGCAGAAUUAACGACCUGGAAAUGCAGUUAUUGAACUAUCGUAACCAGCUGGAACGUGAUCAGAUGCUUUUGGAACAAUAUGAUCGACGAGUGAAGGCUUUGGAACAGGAACUGGUGCAAGUGAAUGCACACGUUCAACAGCGAGAUGCAUCCAAGGAUGAACUGAUCCGAUCGUUACAAAUCAAGGCCAAUUCAGCACAGGAAGCCAAUGAGAAAUUAGAACGCAUGCAAGCCGAUAUGCGUGCCAAGAACGUAGAAUUGGCAGAUCUGAUCCGUGAACGUGAUCGAGCACGCAACGAACUGGCAAGACUUCAAGGAAAUCAACGUGAUGAUGUCGAACGUCUUCAACGUGAAUUGGAUGAUGCACGAAACCAAGCUCAGAACGCUGGGAAAUCCAAGGGUGCCGAAGUCAGUGCUUUAUUGACCAAGUUUAACCGUGAGAAGGCUGAAUUAGAAGCAAGUUUGACCGAGAAACAAGCAAUUAUCGAUGAAUUUUUGAGGCAAAUGGAGGAUCAGCAAGGUGAUGCUGAUCGUGUUCGUCAGGAAAAAGACGAAGAGAUCGCUGUCUUGCAGGCUGGUAUGGAUGAGGUCUUGGCACAACUUGCCGAAUUACAAGGAAACGACAGACAAGCAGAUUUGCAAGAAGAACUCGAUCGCCUGGAAGCACAACAGGCCGAUAAGCUCAACCAGAUUUUGGAUAGCAUCUUGACAACGUGUGUGCAGAAGGUCAACGAUGGCGUGUACGAACUUGAGAACCCUGGCAAUCACGGCAACGAGAACGCGACACCCGAACUAACUCUCUCUAUGAUUGAGCGAGCGAGUAUCAUGUCUGUCGAGUUCAUGUCUGCGUUCAGCAAAUUCUUGGACGGCAGCAACUCUGGUGAUCACACUGUUACCAUUACCCGAGCUCUUGAAUUUGCCGAAACUAUCAUUGACGUUCUUUUACACGCUAAGGGUAUCACUCGCCUUGUUCUGAACGACGCAGAUAUUGACGAGAUCAUCAAGAUGGCACGCCAGUCUGCCGAAUCUGUCAUUCAAUACUUUAGCAGUGUCAUGUCGAGCUAUCUCAAAAUGCUCCCACUGGCACAGCGACCCGAGGUCCUUAUCCAAGGCGACAUGCGUGUGCAAGAAGCACUUACCAAACUGUCGCAAAAGACUGAAGACCUGAUUCUAACUGGCGCUACUGACAUUAACAAGCUGGCUGAAACCGAAAUUGGCGAUCUGGUCGAACAAGAAAUGUCCAAUGCUGCACGGGCUAUUGAAGAAGCUACUGCUAAGAUCCAGGCAUUGAUGCAACGACCCAGCAACCCAGAAUUCUCGGCCACCGAUCUGCAGGUGCACAAGCUCCUCCUGAACUCUGUUUUGGCAUUGACCAAUGCUAUUGCCAAUUUGAUCAAAUGCGCCACCGCCUCUCAGCAAGAAAUUGUUGCCCAGGGCCGCGGUACCUCAUCCAAGGCCGCAUUCUACAAGAAGCAUAACCGCUGGACCGAGGGUUUGAUUUCCGCCGCCAAGGCCGUCGCUGUGGCCACUAAUCUGUUGGUGGAAGCUGCUGAUGGUGUUAUCAGCAAAACGCAUUCGUUGGAACAAUUGAUUGUUGCGUCCAAUGAAGUCAGCGCUGCCACAGCUCAGUUGGUCGCUGCCUCGCGCGUCAAGUCGACGUUCAUGUCGCGUACUCAGGAACGUCUGGAAAUGGCGGCCAAGGCAGUCAAGGAUGCUGCUGCUGAGCUUGUCAAGCAGGUUCGCAACCUGGUGGCUCAAAAGGCCGAGAGCGACGGUUUGGAUAUUGACUUUAACAAGCUGUCAGUACACGAGUUCAAGCGAAGAGAAAUGGAACAGCAAGUCAAGAUUUUAAAACUGGAUGCCGAAUUGACAAAUGCACGCCGUAUUUUGGCAGAAAUGCGCCGUAGUGGAUACCAUACCGGUAAGUUAUAA